AAGAAUAAUGGGACGUGUUUAGAGUUAGGGGGUACACUUUGAAGGGGGAUGAAUGGCAAUGUGUCAUUUAUGCCAGUAAUUUUUUAAAAUUUAAAAUAUAUUUUAGUCACACUAUGUAUGUGUUGGGGGCCCCCGGAAAGAGAAGAAAAGGUUAACAAUCUUACCACUUCCUGGCCACCUCCCUCCACUUUUGCUGUCCUCUAGUUCCCCUCUGGGCUCCUGGUAUCUGUGGUGACUUGUCGCUCCAGUGCAGCAGUAUGUGGCAUCUGCUGCCACCAUCGGCUCUGCUACUGCUAGUUUCAUCGGUCACACAAGCUGCAAAUCACUCGAAGGCUGUGGUGUUCCUAGACCCUCCGUGGGUCAGGAUGCUUGAGGAUGACAACGUGACUCUGACGUGCCAGGGAGACUACCCACCUGAGGACAAUUCUACACACUGGUACCACAACGGAACACGCAUCUCUAGCCAGGCCUCCAGCUACUUCAUUAGAGCUGUCAGAAUUAAGGACAGUGGAGAGUACCAAUGCCAAACAGGCCUCUCCACACGCAGUGACACGGUGCAGCUACAAGUCCAUGCUGACUGGCUGGUGCUCCAGACCACCAAGUGGGUGUUCCAGGAGGGGGAGCUCAUUCGGCUGAGAUGUCACACCUGGAAAAACAAGCCUCUCUACAAAGUCACCUACGUACAGAAUGGCAGACCCCAGAGGUUCUUUCAUCGCAAUUUGGAAUUCCACAUCCCAGAAGCUACGCUCAAUCACAGUGGCUCCUACUACUGCAGGGGGUUGCUUGGAUACAACAACAUGUCUUCAAGGACUGUGGAUAUCAUCGUCGGAGAUCCAACAUUUCCAUCCAUCGAUCCACCCUUUGCAUCUUGGCACCAAAUCACUCUCUGCCUGGUGAUGGGACUGCUGUUUGCCUUGGACACGGGGCUGUAUAUUUCUAUUCAGAGAGACUUCCAAAGAUCAAUGGUAGACAAAGAAGAGCACAAUUUUAAAUGGAACCGGAACCAGGACAAAUGAUCCCUUAGCUCCCAGGGCAAUAAAAGCAGCGGCACUAUGUUUGGAAACCUCUCUGU